AUGGCGACGCCGCCGACGCUCGCCGCCGCGCCCGCGGCGCCGUCGGCCGCGGCGGCGGACUUAAUCCCGGACGCCGACGACUACGACGCGCAGCUCGACGUCGUGAGGUCCCUCAAGUCCGCGGGCGCGUCGCCCGCGCGGGUAAAGUCCGCGGCGAUGAAGCUCGCGCAGCUCAAGCGCGCGACGUGGGUGCCGAGCGGCACCGCGUCGCGCCGGAAGAAGCGCCGCGCCGCCAUCGAGGCCGCGAAGGAGGGACUAGAUCCGCGCGAGGUCGAGAGGAUGGAGGCGGCGCGCGACGCCGCGGCGGUGGCGGAGUAUCCCGCCAUGGACCCUCCACCGAUGGAUGCGGACGGAUUCGUGGUGUCCUUCCCGCCGCCGCGAGUGUCCUUCUCGUCCUCGUCGUCGACGACGACGACGACCGCCCGCGAAGACGACACCGCCGCCCGCGAAGACGACGCCGCGGCGUUGGCGUUCUUCCGCAGGUACGGCUUCGUCGUCUACCGCGACGUUCUCACGCGCGAGGAGUGCGCCGCGACGCGAGCCGAGAUUUGGGAUUACCUCGAACGCGUCCAGUUCCCUCCGGCGCCCGGCGCGUCCAGAGCCCUCUCCAGGCACGACGUCACCACGUGGGACCUGAUGGACAACAGAGACACGUACGGGCUCGCCCCGGAGCCGUCGGUGUUCACCAGGCAGUGCGUGCGCAACCGACAGAACCCGAGAGUCAUCGCGUGCCUGGCGAAGGUUUUAACACGAGAAGACGACAGUGUUUGCGGACAUCACGACGGUGAUCCGUCUCCGACGGCGGCGCACCGCCACGGCGGCGACGCGGCGCCGCUGCGGGAGGAGGCGCUGCGCGAGGUGAUCGUGAGCCAGGACAGGUGGUGCGUGUACAGGCCGACGGUGAACGUUCGGACGCGGCGCGACGCGAUAGACGGCACAGAUGGCGGAGAUGGCACAGCCGGCGACACCGCGGGCGACACAGCUGGCGCGUCCUUAACGGACGACGCGUUUUGUCUUUUGGAUAAGCCGCAGUGGCGGACGCGUCCGAACGUUCACCUCGACCUGCACCCGUGGAACUUCGCCGCCCCCGCAGACGUCUUACCGACGGAGCACCUCACGUUUGACGAGCUGAGGGACUUUAGCCGAGAGACCAACGCGGUUUCAUCCGCGACGGGCCCGCACUGCCAGGGCGUGGUGGCGCUGAUGGACAACCGCACAGAGGACGGGGGCACGGUGCUGGUGCCGGGCUUUCACGCUGUGUUCGACAGGUGGCGGGACGCGCUGGGAGACCCGACGCGGUACGCGGACGCGCACGAGGACUGGGAUAAGAACCGGCUUGUGUGGCGCGGCGCCGGCGCGGGUUCGUUCAAGUUUGGCUCGAACGACGGCGUGCACCGACUCAAAGUGAGGGUGCCGAUGAGGGAGGGGAGCUUUUUGAUCUGGGACCAGCGCGUGGCGCACGGCAGCGCGCCGAACGCGAGCGAUCGACCGCGGAUGGCGCAGUUCGUAAAGGGGUUCAUGCGACGAGGCGCGGGCGCGGCGAGGCUGGCGCGGCGAGGGGCGCGAAUUAAGGUCGAGUUGGCGCGCGCGGGGACGUCUGAGGAGGUGUCCGCGCUCGGGUGGCGGGUGUUCGGGCUGGACGCGGUUGGUACAGCCGAGUGA